GCUACAUGACACAUUACUUGGGCUAUGCUGAAUUAUCAGCUGCAGAGUGGAAUGCACAGAUCGAUGCAUUUGAUGUGGAGGGCCUGGCGGAGCAGCUGGAAGAGGCGGGCGCCUCCCACUUUCUCUUCACGCUGGGACAGAACAGCGGGCGCUAUGCGGCCCCCAACGCCACCUACGACCGCAUCGUGGGGCGCCAGCCCAGCGUCUUAUCCAAUCGCGAUCUGAUGAGCGACUUGUACGAGGCCCUGUCGCGGCGCGGCAUUGCGCUGCUGGCGUACCUGCCCAGCAAGUGCCCUGAGCAGGACCCCCUAGCGAUGGAGAAAUUCCGGUGGGAGGAGGAUGCGCCCCUGAGGCGCCCCUUCCAGCAGCUGUGGGAGGCGGUUAUCCGAGAGUGGUCGCUCCGGUGGGGCUCCAAGGUGGUGGGCUGGUUCUUCGACGGCUGCUACAACACCGACAUGUACUCGUCUCCCGAGCCGCCCAACAUGGCCAGCUUUGUCGCGGCCGCGCGGGCGGGGAACCCCAACGUGGUCCUCAUGUUCAACAACGGGGCGGGGCCGGGCCAGUCGCUCAGCAGCUUUGAGGACCUGACGGCCGGGGAGAUCUGGCAGCAGGCCAGGGUCCUCCCAGAGUGCUCUACCGACGGGCGGUGUCACAGCCGGUGCGCCAUGAGCGGCCGCCCCACGGCCCCCCGCUGGCACCUCAACACGUACCUGGCGGGCAACUUCGGGGGCUUCGGAGUGCCGGACGCGCCCCGCUUCAGCGACCAAUACGUGCAGGCAUACACGAUGCGGGCAAUGGAGCGCGGCGGAGCCAUCACGUGGGACGUGCCGAUCCGAUUGCACGGCACUGAGAACGGGCACAUGAGCCGGGCGCUCAUGCCGCAGUUGCGUCAGCUGAAGAACGUGCUCCACCCAGACAGCGACCUCGCUUUCAAGCGGCCCGUGCUGGCGUCCUCCGGCCACGUGUCCGCGUCUUUCGGCAAUGACGGGAGGGCCGACACGUGCUGGACAGCCGCCGCGGAUGACGAAGACGCCUUCUGGCAGGUCGACCUGGGCAUGCCGUACUUCAUUACGUCUGUCGACGUCACCCUCCCUCCCGGCAGCCCUCGCAGCGGCUUCGAGGUGUGGGGAUCCCCCGACCCCGAGAGCCGCACCUUCACAAUCCUCGGCCGCCAACCCGACGACCAGCCACUGCCCGGGGACACCUUCCCGGUCGCUCACCCUCCCGGCAAUCCUUGGGGGCCGUUCCGCUACCUGCGCUUGGUUAAGAGCGGCCGGCAACCGGGGUCGCUUGGCGUGAGUGCUUUUAAAGUGAGGGGCCGGUGGGUUCCCCCGGUCAACCUGGCGGUUGGGAAGCCGGCGGUGGCGUCCUCGGGGCAGUCUAGCGUGAGCCUGGGGAAUGACGGCCACCGGGAAACGGCGUGGAGCUCCGAUGCGGGGGACGGCAGCCCCUGGUGGCAGGUGGACCUGGGGCAGCCAGUCGAGAUCUCCAUAUUGGAGUUUCUGCCCCCACUUGGCUCCCAAGACGAGCGCUUCCGGCGUGCCUUCGAGUUCCGGGCGUCCAACUCCGCGGACGGAACGGACGCAGUGGUGCUGGGCAGCCAGCCCGCGGACAUGGUGUGUCCCCCGGACACGCUCUGGUCGUGCGGGCCCAGGGACGACAACGGCUACCGAUACGUGCGCGUUGCAAAGACGGACGGCCAGCCGUUCGCGUUCCAGGAGCUGCGCGUGUACGGCUCCCCCGUGUCCUCGUACCGGAACGCGGUCCCCGGUCGUCCCGUGAGCGCGUCUUCCGUCUGGUCCGACGCUCUGAACGCGGACCAAGCGGCGGACGAGCUGCUGAACCACAUGUGGAGCACGGCCGAAACGGACCCGCAACCAUUUUGGCAGCUAGACCUGGGGGCGGCCCGCCGAGUGACGGCGGUGGAACUGGUGGCGCGCCAGGACGACUGCGACCAGCCGGACUGCAGGAGAGACUUCGAGUUCCGCGGCUCUGACCAAGAAGACGGGUCCGCGUAUACGGUCCUGGCCAGGCAGGGUGGCGAACCAUUUCCACACAAGGGCACAUGGGCCGCUCCGGUCUCUUGCAUGCUUCUGUUCCGCUACAUCCGCGUGGCCAAGGUGCACGGGAAUUACUUCAACGCGUGCACCGUCCGAGUCAUCACCGGCCCCCCCGCCAGCCCGGAUCUGGCUCUCGGGAAGCCCGCCGUUGCAUCGUCGCACUUUGAUGAGUACACGGCAGCUGCCAAUGGCAACGACGGAGACCUGGGCUCUAUCUGGGCCUCUAACGCGGGAGACCCAGCACCGUGGUGGCAGGUCGACCUCGGCCGUACGUGCCACGUCACCUCUGUGUCCCUCACCCCCCGGCAAGACGGCGACCAGGACUUCACCCGGCGCAACUUCGUGGUCGCCGGACUGGCCUCCCCCGACGACCCCAAUCCCACCACUCUCGCCGAAGUCGGCGAGGAUCCCUUUCCGUCCCUACACACGUGGAACGCCCCGGUGGUAAACCCCGGGCGGUUCCGCUACCUCAGAGUUUCCAAAACUGACGGCUCGCACUUUAACUUCGCGGCUUUUAGUGCACUUGGAACGGCAGGCCCGCCGGAAAACUUGGCCUUCGGGGCGCGCGCGAGCGCUUCGUCUGAGUUUAGUGACGGCACCCCUGCGUCAGCCGCGCUGGACGGGAGCGUUGCCACCCUUUGGGCGUCCGCUGCAGAGGACCCCGCGGGGCCGUGGUGGCAGGUGGACCUGGGCGGGCCGUGCCACGUAACGCGCAUCGAGCUGACUGCGCGCCAGGAUGAGGGCCAGGAUCUAGCGCGCACCAACUUCGAAGUGCGCGGCUCCGAUGUUGCAGACAACAGCGACUUCGCCGUGCUUGGUGGGCUAACGGGGCCGCCGUUUGAGGACAAGGGCACGUGGCAAAGCGUACUGGCGGACGGAACAAAGUGCCGGUACUUGAGAGUUGUCAAGUUGGACGGUGCGCACUUCAACUUUGUCCAGUUUCGAGCGUUUGGGUAUAAGUUAUGAGCAGCAGUCGGGCUUUUGUGUCCAAGUUGCAGGGACCAAAUGCGUUGUGCUCGACAACAGCGCCAAAUUUUGCCAUCACUUCGCGGAAUCGUCAUCGUGGGCUGCGACCAGUCAUGUAAGAUAUGAUUUAUUCUGGUAGGAAUC